CUCGUGCUCUGUUAGUUAGCGGAGCUGCUCCUGCAGGCAGAGGGAUGGUCUCGCGCUCAGCGGCGGGCAGCAUCAGGUCAUGUUGUCCGCGCGGCUGGAGACCUGCCCGCGUGUCACCUUCAGCGGAGCUGGAUCUGUAACGACUCCGGCUCGAGGACCUGAGGCCGGGAUGGGCGGGGAGGCGUGUCCUCACAAGCUGGGAACGACCAAUCAUCUUCGACUUCUCCGCUACAUCCUGAUUCCCACUGUGAGCCUGCUGGCCGGUCUGCUGCUGCUCGUCCUGGCCCUCACUGGUAUAUUUGGCAGCAACCUCUUGCACUCCAGCCCCCUCCCCUCCCCCGAGCCCAUUGCUGACAGUGACCGUGGUUACCAUGGCAAGAGCACAAACUUCUCCUCCGUCCCUAAGACGGAAAACGUCACGGAUUCAUCGCGAAACCGCAGCGACGAUGACAUCACAUACGGCCAUAAACACGCCGUGGGCACGCCUUCUGCUUCCACCAGCGUACACACAGGCUCCUCCUCCUCACAGGCCACGCCCACCCAGUCCUACACAAAGCCUCCUGAAUGGCUGACCUCUGUGACGUCACUGAGCACCACCUGGCCGAUCAGCACCACCCCAGCGUCUGACUCAGGAGGCUGUCAUCUGAUUGUGGAGCCUCUGUGUCACAUGUUACCCUACAACCAAUCAUGGCUGUCCUCCUCCUUCACCACGGUCGGGGGCUCAGAGGUCGACAUGUUGCUAAGGUUCUUCAGCUACCUCAGCAGACUGUCCUGCUACAGACACAUCAUGCUCUUCGGCUGCUUGGUGGCGCUGCCCGAGUGUAUCGCCGCUGACGGCAUACACAGCAGGCGGGUUGUGCAGCCCUGCGCGUCGUUCUGCGAGGCGGCGAGGGAAGGCUGUGAGCCCUUCCUCCAGAUGUUCAACACCUCAUGGCCUGAAUUCCUGCAUUGCUCGCAAUUCAGCAGCCUGAACCCCGCUUUGUCACCAUCAUCAUCAUCAUCAUCAUCAUCAACGCCAUCAACACCUUCAACGCCAUCAACGCCAUCAACACCAUCAGUGCUGUCAUUGUCCAUGGCAACAGCAGGCCCCGCCCUUUCCGCCUGCUACACACCAAGACAGAUCAAAGGGAAACCCUCUUUGUGCGGCGGGAAGGACCACUUUCUGUGCGUGACGGGGAUUUGCAUCCCUCAGAAACUGGUGUGUAACGGGUACAACGACUGUGACGACUGGAGCGACGAAACACACUGCGUGUGUACAAAUGAUAAGUUUCGGUGCAACACCGGCCGGUGUCUCUUGCCCGAUCUGGUGUGUGACGGUUAUGACGACUGUGGAGACCUGAGCGACGAACUCAACUGUGUGUGCGAUCUGUCUCGUGAACAUCGUUGUGGUGACGGCCGCUGUGUGUCCAGAGACUGGCUGUGUGACGGAGACCACGACUGUCUGGACAAGAGCGACGAGCUCAACUGCUGUGAGUUACAAUGA